AUGUCGUCUGUUGACAUUCUUAUUCUCGGAGCGGGAUGGACAUCGACGUUCCUUGUGCCUCUCUGCAAGAAAUCAGACAUCACUUUCGCGUCCACGACGCGCAGCGGGGCCUCUUCGACGAUAAAAUUCGAAUUUCAGCCUGACUCGGAAGACGAAGAACCCUACCGACUCCUGCCGGACGCAACGACUGUCUUGAUUACGUUUCCUAUAACGCUUCGCGGCGCGUCGGAACGACUUGUGAAGCUCUACCUCGCCACAAGGCACACAUUGACACCAGCGACGGGGUUCAUCCAACUCGGCGCGACCACACGUAUUUCAUUGAUUGUACCCGCCCAGAAUUCUGUCGCCUCCGCUGUAACCACUAACAUUCUGGACCGACACUCACCAAUUUCGCUCACGGGCCGCGCCAACGCAGAGGAGGAGCUUCUUGGCCUGCAUUCGAGGGGUGUUGCAUCCACGACUGUGCUCAAUCUUGCUGGUCUCUGGGGCGGCCAACGCAUACCACGGAACUGGCUCGGGCGUGUUGCAUCUACCAAAGAGGCUUUGGCAGCCAAGGGAAGUCUACAUCUGAUACACGGGGAAGACGUUGCGCGUGCCAUUCUGGCCAUCCAUAACGAUUUUGCAACGGCCGCCGGAGAACGGUGGCUUCUCACUGACGGGCGUGUCUAUGAUUGGUGGGACCUGGCAAGUGCGUGGAGGGCGGGCUCGGCGCCACCGGAAGAUGCGCCAGCAAUAUGGGUCCGCGAGCUGAUGAAGGAGGCAGGAGUGAAAGUUUUACCCCGAGACAAAGCGGAUCUUGGACGGGUGCUCGAUUCCAGCGAGUUUUGGGACACGUUUGGGCUAUCGCCAGUCCACGCGCGAGUUUCGAGUUAG